CGAACCCCGAGCACCCCGUGGAAUCCCCCACGUCAUCAUCAGAACCAUCAAUGAGAUGCAAACAUGAAAGACAAGAGGAAGAAGAAGGACCGCACCUGGGCCGAGGCUGCCCGCCUGGCACUAGAAAAACACCCCAACUCACCAAUGACAGCGAAGCAGAUAUUGGAAGUCAUUCAGAAAGAAGGAUUAAAAGAAACAAGUGGAACUUCUCCAUUAGCCUGUCUGAAUGCAAUGCUUCACACUAACACUCGAAUAGGGGAUGGAACAUUCUUCAAAAUCCCUGGAAAGUCAGGCCUCUAUGCUCUCAAAAAAGAAGAGUCAUCAUGCCCAGCUGAUGGAACUUUGGAUUUAGGCUGUGAGUCUGAAUUGGAUGGCACAGAAAUGGCAGAGGCCAAUGCCAAUGGAGAAGGAAAUGAAGUUUGUGCAAAGCAGGUAACUGAUGAAGCAUCUUCCACUCGAGAUUCAAGCCUUACUAACACAGCAGUGCAAAGCAAGUUAGUGUCUUCCUUUCAGCAACACACCAAAAAGGCUCUUAAACAGGCUUUGAGGCAGCAGCAGAAAAGAAGAAAUGGAGUCUCAAUGAUGGUAAACAAGACUGUUCCUCGUGUUGUUCUGACACCAUUAAAGGUGUCUGAUGAGCAGUCGGAUUCGCCUUCAGGAUCCGAAUCUAAAAAUGGUGAAGCAGACAGUUCAGAUAAAGAAAUGAAACAUGGGCAAAAAUCUCCUACAGGAAAACAAACAAGUCAGCACUUAAAACGAUUAAAAAAGUCUGGUUUAGGACACUUGAAAUGGACCAAAGCUGAGGACAUUGAUAUAGAAACCCCAGGAUCUAUUCUUGUCAACACUAACUUGAGGGCAUUAAUAAAUAAACAUACGUUUGCUUCCUUACCUCAGCAUUUCCAACAAUACCUCCUGCUUUUGCUCCCAGAAGUGGAUAGGCAGAUGGGAAGUGAUGGAAUUUUACGCCUCAGUACUUCAGCUCUAAAUAAUGAAUUCUUUGCAUAUGCAGCACAAGGAUGGAAACAGCGACUGGCAGAAGGAGAGUUUACUCCAGAAAUGCAAUUGCGGAUAAGGCAAGAAAUUGAGAAGGAAAAGAAAACAGAACCUUGGAAAGAAAAAUUCUUUGAAAGGUUUUAUGGAGAAAAGUUGGGCAUGUCAAGAGAGGAAUCUAUGAAGCUCACUUCUGGACCAAACAAUGAUGGAGCUGAAAUUGGUUCCUCAUGUGGGACCUCUGGCCUUCCAGGUCUUUCUGCACAGACUCCUUUGGAAGAACAACAGCCAAAAAGCAUGAAAAGUCCAACUUCUCCAGAGCCUGAUUUCUGUGCUACACUUUGUCCUAUGGUAGAUGUAGGUAAAGAUGUAAUGGCAGAAUCAGAAUCAGAAGACGUCUUGUUCCCUGAAGAAUCUGUGAUUCAGGAGGAAAUUGCGGAAGAGGUAGAGACUAGUAUCUGUGAAUGCCACGAUGAAAAUCAUAAGACAAUACCUGAAUUUUCUGAGGAGUCUGAAAGUCCAGCCAACUCUCAUGAAGAGCCCCAAAUAGCACCUCCUGAGGAUAACUUGGAAUCCUGUGUUAUGAUGAAUGAUGUUUUAGAACCAUUGCCUCAUAUCGACGUUAAGGUGGAAGAGAAAUUAGAAUCUCCCCAGGAAGAAAUGUCAGUUGUUAUAGAUCAACUAGAAGUCUGUGACUCUCUUGUUCCUUCCACUUCAUCUGUGACUCAGGUCAGUGACACAGAACAUAAGGAGCCAGAAACUUCAAUAGAGAUUAAUACUCCAAAAAUAAAAACAGGGUCAUCUUCUUUAGAAGGCCAAUUUCCAAAUGAAGGAAUUGCUGUGGAUAUGGAGUUACAGAGUGAUCCUGAUGAACAGCUCUCUGAAAAUGCUUGUGUCUCUGAAACUUCCUUCUCUUCUGAGAGCCCAGAGGGAGGCUGUACCAGUCUGCCGUCCCCAGGAGGGGAAACCCAGUCUACUUCAGAAGAAUCGUGUGCUCCAGCCUCCCUUGAAACAACGUUUUGUUCUGAGCUGUCUAGCACUGAAAAUGCAGACAAAUAUAAUCAGAGGAAUCCCACUGAUGAAAACCUUCAUGCAUCUUUGAUGGCAGAAAUUUCUCCAAUAUCCACUUCACCUGAAAUAUCAGAAGCAUCUCUAAUGUCCAAUUUACCUUUAACGUCAGAAGCAUCCCCAGUAUCAAAUUUACCUUUAACAUCAGAAACAUCACCCAUGUCUGAUUUACCUUUGGCAUCAGAAACUUCUUCAGUGUCUUCCAUGCUUCUCACAUCUGAGACCACUUUUAUAGCCAGUUUGCCACUUCCUUCAGAAACAUCUCCAAUUUCUAAUUCUUCCAUGAAUGACAGAAUGGCACAUCAACAAAGAAAGUCACCUUCCAUAUCUGAAGAACCACUGUCACCACAGAAAGAUGAAGCUUCUGCCCCUGCCAAACCCCUGGGUGUGAGCCAUGUCUCUCAGCAGAAGACUCUGUCUAGUACUCCUGAACCCAUCAAAAUGGGUUCUUCUUCCAUUGCUCCUGAAGCAUUUCCAUCUGAAGAACUGCACAAUAAGACCCUGAGUCAGCAGCCUUGUAAAUCACAUGCUGAAACUGAGAAACCCUAUCCUGCUUCAAUUCCAGAACUUCCUUCUACAGAAAUGAUAAAAGGUAAAAGUCAUAAUGUCCUGCAACGAACAGAAAAGAAAGGGGUGUCUUCACCCUUAGAACUCUCUGUCUUUUCGGAAGAAACAGAGAGUAAGGGAAAUGAACUUACAUCCGCUAAAUUACAGGACAAGCAAUAUGUCUCAUCAGUGGAUAAGGCUUCGUAUUCAGAAGGCUCCAGAAACAAAAUGCAUAAGCAAGGGAGCUCACAGAAUCGGUUGGAGACCUCACAUACUUCCAAGUUGUCGGAGCCCUCCAAGUCACCCGAUGGGAUACGAACUGAAAGUAGAGAAUCCGAGAUAUCAAAGAGGAAAACUGCAGAGCAGCACAGCUUUGGGAUCUGUAAGGAAAAGAGGGCUAGGAUAGAAGAUGAUCAGUCAACCCGGAACAUAUCAUCUAGCAGCCCACCAGAGAAAGAACAGCCUCCAAGAGAGGAACCCAGGGUUCCACCUCUCAAGAUCCAGCUUUCCAAAAUCGGGCCACCUUUUAUCAUCAAGAGCCAACCAGUCUCCAAACCAGAGUCUCGAGCAUCUCCCAGCACAUCCGUCAGUGGUGGGAGGAACACAGGAGCCAGAACCCUCGCAGAUAUCAAGGCCCGAGCCCAGCAAGCAAGGGCCCAACGAGAGGCAGCGGCUGCAGCUGCUGUUGCCGCUGCUGCGAGCAUCGUCUCCGGAGCCAUGGGGAGCCCAGCAGAGGGUGGAAAGGCGAGAACCUUGGCACAUAUCAAAGAACAGACAAAGGCGAAGCUCUUCGCAAAGCAUCAAGCCCGCGCCCACCUCUUCCAGAACACUAAAGAGGCCCGGUUGCCUCCACUCUGCUCAAAGGAAGGGCCUCCAAGCUUAGAAGUCUCUUCUACUGAAACGAAAAUUGAAGGUUCAACUGGUGUCAUUAUUGUCAAUCCAAACUGUAGAUCUCCUAGCAACAAGUCUGCGCACCUCCGGGAGACCACCACUGUAUUACAGCAGUCUCUUAACCCGACGAAACUUCCAGAAACUGCCACUGACUUAUCUGUGCAUAGUUCUGAUGAAAAUAUACCUGUGUCACAUUUAUCUGAGAAAAUUGUUUCAUCUACCUCUUCUGAAAAUAGCAGUGUGCCCAUGCUUUUUAAUAAAAAUUCUGUCCCUGUGUCUGUUUGCAGCACUGCUAUAUCGGGAGCAAUUAAAGAACAUCCCUUUGUGAGUUCUGUUGAUAAAUCCUCUGUUCUAAUGUCUGUUGACAGUGCAAACACUACAAUUUCUGCUUGUAAUAUAAGCAUGUUAAAAACCAUCCAGGGAACUGACACUCCAUGCAUAGCCAUUAUACCAAAAUGUAUUGAAAGCACUCCUCUUCCCGCCACUUCAGAGGACUCCAGCUUAUCAAGUUCCAUGGAUGACAAGCAGUUGCUAAUAUCAAGCAGCAGUGCUAGUAACUUAGUCUCCAGUCAGUACACCUCUGUGCCAACUCCCUCCAUUGGAAAUAACUUGCCAAACCAUCUCUCCACUAGCUCUGUCUUGAUUCCCCCAACGGGAAUUAACAACAGAUUUCCUUCUGAGAAGAUAGCCAUGCCUGGGAGUGAAGAACAGGCCACCAUAUCCAUGGGUACCACUGUGAGAGCAGCCCUCAGCUGCAGGGACUCAGUAGCAGUCACAGACACUCUGGUUGCACGCCCACCUGUCGCAAUGUUUACUGGAAGCAUGCUUACAAUAAACUCUUACGAUAAUCCUCCCAAGUUAAGUGCUGAAAGCUUGGACAAAAGUUCAGGGCCUCGAAACAGGGCAGAUAAUUCUGGGAAACCUCAGCAACCUCCAGGGGGCUUUGCACCAGCAGCCAUAAACAGAUCAAUUCCCUGUAAAGUCAUCGUUGACCACAGCACCACGCUGACCUCCACUUUGUCUCUGACUGUCUCCAUUGAAAGUGCAGAAGCCAACUUGGACCUCCAGAGCAGAUCUGUGAGGACAGAAGCAUCCGUACAGCCCAUAGCAUGUCCUCAGGUGUCUGUGAUUAGCAGACCUGAGCCAGUUGCAAAUGAAGGCGUAGAUCACGGUUCUAGUUUCAUUGCUGGUUCUGCAGCAAAACAAGACUGUAAAACGAUUCAAGUUGCCUGCACAAGUCUCCGAGAAGUACCCCUUGUUGUUCCAGAUAAGUUAAAUGAGGUGACUGCUCCUAGUAAUAGCUUUGCUGAGCAGGCACGUGGCCCAACCACUUUCAAAAGUGAAGCAGACACAACCUGUAGCAAUCAGUAUAAUCCAAGCAAUAGGAUUUGCUGGAAUGAUGAUGGGAUGAGGAGCUCAGGACAGCCUCUGGUUAGUCACUCUGGUUCAAGUAAACAGAAAGACUCUCUAGAACAGGGCUGUCCAAAGGCUGUCAAAACUGAACACGCCAGCUACUCGCACAUGUCAGAACUUCACCCCAGGAAUCUCAUAGCAAAUGUCUCUCUCCCUGUGAAGUCUGAACCUCAUGAAGUGGACAAGGGCUUUAGAAUGGACACUGAAGACUUCCCUGGCCCUGAGCUGCCUCCUCCGGCUUCAGAGGCAGCCCCUAGUGUGCAACAGGCACAGAACUUGAAGGCUCCUACCUCUGGUCCCAUGGAAGAGGCGAUUUCCUUGUCUACAGACACCCUGAAAAGAGUUCCCAGUGCAGGGAGUUCAAGCUGUCGUCUGUCGUCUGUGGAGGCUAACAAUCCCCUGGUGACACAGUUACUACAGGGUAACCUGCCUUUGGAAAAAGUGUUGCCGCAGCCCAGAUUGGGAGCCAAGCUUGAAAUCAACAGGCUUCCUCUGCCUCUUCAAACUACCUCAGUGGGUAAAACAGCACCAGAGAGGAGCAUUGUUGAAAUGCCGUCCAGCUCUCCAAAUCCCGAUGGGAAGGGCUACUUGGCAGGGACUCUUGCACCACUCCAAAUGAGAAAGCGAGAGAACCACCCCAAGAAGAGAGUAGCCAGGACUGUGGGGGAACACACUCAAGUUAAAUGCGAGCCAGGGAAGUUGUUGGGGGACCCAGAUGUGAAAGGGGUGCCUUGUGUCAUCAACUCGGGCAUGAAUCAGCUAGGACACAGCCAGCCAUUUAAGCAAGAGUGGCUGACCAAGCACUCCAUGCAGAACAGGAUUGUUCACAGCCCUGAGGUCAAACAGCAAAAGCGGCUGCUCCCCUCCUGUAGCUUCCAGCAGAACCUAUUUCAUGUUGACAAGAAUGGCGGCUUCCACCCUGACGCUGGUACCUCACACAGACAGCAGUUUUACCAAAUGCCUAUGGCUGCCAGGGGCCCCAUUCCUCCUGCAGCUCUGAUACAGGCCCCUGCCAAGCCCCCAGUGGGCUGUAAUGCAUUUGCCUUCAGUCGGCAUCUUGAACAAAAGGGAUUGGGAGAGGUUGGCCUUUCUUCAGCCCCUCACCAGCUAAGGUUAACCAACAUGCUAUCCCCCAACAUGCCCAUCAAAGAAGGGGAUGACGCAGGAGGGGCUGCACACGCAAUGCCAAACAAAGCACUGGUGCAUCCCCCACCCCCUCCACCCCCACCCCCUCCCCCUCCCCCCCUGGCGUUGCCCCCGCCUCCCCCACCGCCACCUCCGCUACCUCCACCUCUUCCUAAUGCAGAAGCCCCAUCCGAUCAAAAACAACCGCCAGUUACCAUGGAAACCACUAAGAGACUUAGUUGGCCACAGUCCGCGGGCAUAUGUAGCAAUAUCAAAUCGGAACCUCUUUCUUUUGAGGAAGGGUUAAGCAGCAGCUGUGAACUGGGCAUGAAACAAGUUUCCUAUGACCAGAAUGAAAUGAAAGAACAGUUAAAAGCGUUUGCGCUAAAAAAUGCAGAUUUCUCUUCCUAUUUGCUUUCUGAGCCACAAAAGCCUUUUACCCAAUUAGCUGCUCAGAAAAUGCAGGUGCAGCAACAACAGCAGCUCUGUGGAAAUUAUCCAACAAUACACUUUGGUAGCACGAGCUUCAAAAGGGCAGCCUCUGCCAUUGAAAAGUCCAUUGGGAUCUUGGGAAGUGGCUCCGCCGCUGCCACGGGCCUGCCUGGUCAGAACGCUCAGAUGCCCGCUCAGAACUUCGCCGACAGCAGCAACAAGGAUGAAUUGGAACUGAAAUGCUCUUGCCGGCUGAAAGCCAUGAUUGUGUGCAAAGGCUGUGGGGCCUUCUGCCAUGACGACUGCAUAGGUCCUUCGAAACUCUGUGUAGCUUGCCUGGUUGUGCGAUAA